GAUUCUAUCAAUGCCUUCGUACUAGAUCUGGACUACCCUGCCCUACGGAAAAACAAAAACGUAGAAACCUUUUUAAACAGAUGUAAGUAUAUGUUUGAUAAUAGUCAAUGUGAAUGUGUGUGUAAUGGAUGACUGACUCCUCUCUUCUCCAUGCAGAUGAGAAGGUGAUGGGGCACAUACGGGAGUUUCAGAUGAAGUCUGAGGACUUUGACAGGGUGAAGGUGAUCGGCAGAGGGGCGUUUGGCGAGGUUCAGCUGGUGAGAUUUCAUAGAGAUGUUAAGGACCUGCGUAUUCACUACACCACUUAGUUUUGACUCUCCCCCUAUGUCUUUGUCUUUCCGCCUCUCUUUCUGUCACUUUAAUUCCUUUGUUUUCCCCAGGUUCGACACAAAGCCUCUCAGAAGGUGUAUGCCAUGAAGUUGCUGAGCAAGUUUGAGAUGAUCAAACGAUCUGACUCUGCCUUCUUCUGGGAGGAGAGGGAUAUUAUGGCCUUCGCCAACAGUCCCUGGGUCGUACAAGUAAGACAUGACUAGGGCUGUUACGGUGACCGUAUUACCGCCACACCGGCGGUCACGAGUCAUGAAAGCAGUCAAAUUCCACGUGACCGUCUAGUCACAGUAAUUGGCCUUCUCCAAGCUCUGAUGCUGCUGAUGGUCAUUAGUAGCCUACCAAACUUGCUAACUGUCUGGGACUCAGCACUCGCAUCAAUGCAAAUGUAAUCGAAAAUCUAAUCAAACACUUCAUGAGAGCCCAUGUUGCGCAACAUUUCUAUAGGCUAUGCAGUUCUGUGAGAAAACGGAGUGAUGGCCUCUAUUAAAAAGAGGAGGAUCCCAUCAGCUUUCUAUAGGCUAGGCCUACUAUAUUUAUUUCUCAACUUUCCUAAUAUUAAGCACAUUGCUUCUCCUUACAACAGGAGUAUGGCUUACCUGGCUGGCAUGAAAAUGAACCACAGGUAAAGCGUCCUCCAUUCGCUAUUUAAGUGCAUCGAUUACAUGUAUUUUUUCCCCCUGCCCCUGUUUCAAGACGGGUGCAUGAUAAUGUUCCAUUCUAAACCAAACCAAAUUUCACACAUAUCAAGAAUAGUCUGAUGGGUGACUAUUAGCCUAUAUAUUAUCACUUGUGAAUGAUGCCCAGCGUAAGGCAAGAAACAAUGCAUACCUUUUUUUCUCUCUGCUUUUUCAAAUCAUAGUCGCACCCCUCAUGUAGCCUAGCCUAUAAGCCUAUAUGUUUUGAUGAGGUUUGUAUCACAACUAAAGUGGCCAAAUAACUUCUUAAAAUUAAGUACAUGAAUCCGCUUUACAACGGGUGUAGAGCCUAACUGGCAUACAUAUGCAGCGCGUGUGUUUGAUGUUUGGGAAAGAUAAUUUUCACCAUAAAAAUGCACCUUUAUAAUAAAAGCAUUACAUGCCCAAUCGCAUUUGCGGUUACUUUUGAUAAUGGUGUUUUCCUGCUAAUGGAACAUUCGCACUUAUAACCUACUGCCGUGUGCGCAUUGCUGCGCUUAUAAUGUGAACAAAUAGCCUAAUACUUUAUCAACAUUUUAAGAUAAACGUUCUGAUAUGUUGCGUCAGCCUUAUUGCGUAAAAAUGUUUUUUUUAUGCUAGUUGUUGUAUUAAUUUGGGAUCUAUCGCAUCCCACAACUACCCCAGACUAUGUUUGGAAUAUUUAUUUAUCGUACAGAAUAGGUCGGCUUUUGUACUAUGCGCGAUAGUAGAUUGACAUAGGCUAAGGCUUUUGCAGUUCGUUAGGCCUACUCAUCUUUUUGGCUGACGAAAAUAUAUGUGGACAGUUCUUCCAAUAUCUUCAAUAUGCGCCUCGGAAUUGGAUAAGGACGCACGCAGUUGCGUCCUCGAUGUGUCUGUUUUCACUUGUAGCCUGUGAGAAAGACCUGAUCACGUGACGGAGAGCCAUGUGAGUGAGAGGUGCUUCGGAGCAAGCAGCAUGCAGGGAGAAGGGAAUUAUAAUUAUUAUAUUCAGCCACUGGCCGCAAAAGGCAUGGAAUUUUUUAGGGGGCAUUACGACCACACAAAGGAGAUGCCGCCGGGAAAUUCAAGGCAUUGUCAAGUGCUUGACAAAUUGUGAAUGAGAGACUGAAGUGUGUAAGCCUGCACAAAAAACUAAGCAGAGCUCAUGCCUUUCAUGCUACUUUUUUCAAAUCAUCAUUAGUCGCAUCAUGCAGCCUUAGAAAGUAUUAAAAAUCAAAACAUAUAGCCCAACAUUUGUAUCACAACUAAAGUUACAUAAAUAACUCUAAAUUAACCACUCAACACAGAAUAGCCGCAUGUGCGCACUCCCUCAAAUCGUUUGGAAAAAAUAUCAUUUUUAUUUUAUUCAAUUGUAUUCUUCAUACUAUAAAAUAAUGCCAUUGAAUUCUAAGCAAACCUUGUCUGCUAAAUGAACUAGUGUAGCCCACAGCCAUAUGGCAUAGCCAGAUCAGUACCUAAUAUAAUAGACUACAUUUUCUUCAUAUCAUGUUUCUUUAGACCUGUCUAAAAUAAAUUAUGGAUUUAUUGUGAUGGUGUAGGCUAUAUUACAUGGAUGUAUUAUACUUUUUUAAAUGUAGAUGUUCCAAAGGUCUGCAUCAGUGGCUUGUAGGCUAUGUGUGGAAGCCAGAAGAUGCAAAUGUGUUUAUGGUAAUUAACGGUCAAUUACCGUGAGACCGGCAGUUUAUUUGCUUGACAAUCACCAGCUGAUGAAAUGUUGUGACCGCCACAGCCCUAGAUAUGACACACACUAUAUAAUGUCUUAAAACGAUCUGCACAAACCAUAUCAAACCAGAAUAGUGUGAUGUAAGAGAACCCUGUAACUUGUAUUGUCUUUGCUUUCCGGUCUGUGUCUAGUUGUGCUGUGCCUUCCAAGACGACCGCUACCUGUACAUGGUGAUGGAGUACAUGCCUGGAGGGGACCUGGUGAACCUCACCAGUACCUACGAUGUGCCUGAGAAAUGGGCCCGGUUCUACACGGCCGAGGUGGUCAUGGCGCUGGAUGCCAUCCACUCCCUGGGCUUCAUCCACCGUGACGUCAAGCCUGACAACAUGCUCCUGGACUGCCACGGACACCUCAAACUGGCCGACUUCGGAACCUGCAUGAAGAUGGACUCGGUAAGGACAAUAUUUUCAUCUUGUUCCAGUUGUGCAGUGUGCUAAAGAGGGCAUUACUCACAAUACUUCCAGCGGAAUAUCUCUAGUGUCUCGCUGUGCUUUAAGUUAACACUCUGAUAAGCGCUUAUUAUAUCUUAACUGUAUAUACAGUUGAAGUCGGAAGUUUACAUACACUUAGGUUGGAGUCAUUAAAACUCGUUUUUCAACCACUCCACACAUUUCUUGUUAACAAACUGUAGUUUUGGCAAGUCGGUUAGGACAUCUACUUUGUGCAUGACACAAGUAAUUUUUCCAAUAAUUGUUUACAGACAGAUUAUUUCACUUAUAAUUCACUGUAUCACAAUUCCAGUGGGUCAGAAGUUUACAUACACUAAAUUGACUGUGCCUUUAAACAGCUUGGAAAAUUCCAGAAAAUGAUGUCAUGGCUUUGACAUAAUUUGAGUCAAUUGGAGGUGUACCUGUGGAUGUAUUUCAAGGCCUACCUUCAAACUCAGUGCCUCUUUGCUUGACAUCAUGGGAAAAUCAAAUGAAAUCAGCCAAGACCUCAGGAAAAAAUUUGUAGACCUUCACAAGUCUGGUUCAUCCUUGGGAGCAAUUUCCAAUUGCCUGAAGGUACCACGUUCAUCAGUAUAAACAAUAGUUCGCAAGUAUAAACACCAUGGGACCACGCAGCCGUCACACCGCUCAGGAAGGAGACGCGUUCUGUCUCCUAGAGAUGAACGUACUUUGGUGCGAAAAGUGCAAAUCAAUCCCAGAACAACAGCAAAGGACCUUGUGAAGAUGCUGGAGGAAACAGGUACAAAAGUAUCUAUAUCAACAUAACCUGAAAGGCCGCUCAAAACCGCCAUAAAAAAGCCAGACUAUGGUUUGCAACUGCACAUGGGGACAAAGAUCAUACUUGUUGGAGAAAUGUCCUCUGUUCUGAUGAAACAAAAAUAGAACUGUUUGGCUAUAAUGACCAUCGUUAUGUUUGGAGGAAAAAGGUGGACGCUUGCAAGCCGAAGAACACCUUCCCAACCGUGAAGAACGGGGGUGGCAGCAUCAUGCUGUGGGGGUGCUUUACUGCAGGAGGGACUGAUGCACUUCAAUAUAUCCACAUAAUCUUCCUUCCUCAUGAUGCCAUCUAUUUUGUGAAGCAACAUCUCAAGACAUCAGUCAGGAAGUUAAAGCUUGGUCGCAAAUUGGUCUUCCAAAUGGACAAUGACCCCAAGCAUACUUCCAAAGUUGUGGCAAAAUUGCUUAAGGACAACAAAGUCAAGGUAUUGGAGUGGCCAUCACAAAGCCCUGACCUCCAUCCUAUAGAAUUUGUGGGCAGAACUGAAAAGGCAUGUGCGAGCAAGGAGGCCAACAAACCUGACUCAGUUACACCAGCUCUGUCAGGAGGAAUGGGCCAAAAUUCACCCAACUUAUUGAACUCAACUGUACUUGAUGAUUCAUACCUGGUUUGCUUGAGAUAGUGUAUCUAACUGAAGGAUUGACUUGUUGCAGACUGGCAUGGUGCACUGUGACACAGCGGUUGGCACUCCAGACUACAUCUCUCCUGAGGUUUUGAAGUCGCAGGGUGGAGAUGGUUACUACGGACGGGAGUGUGACUGGUGGUCUGUAGGUGUCUUCAUCUUCGAGAUGCUAGUCGGUGAGUUGGUGUUGUUUAACUUCUUGGUGUUCAUGUUCCCGCUCUUUGUUUGUCUCAGAAAUAAUGACUCAUUCUUAGUUUCCACUAACUGAAGGAAAGUAUUUUACUGGAACUAAGAUAUUUAAAGUCUGCCUAUAAAAAUAUAUUAGAGAACUUGUAAGCAAAUUGCUUAGAACAUGUUGUCAUUAUUUUGCACCUCAUUUCUUUGCUAUGUUCCCAUUAGGUGACACACCGUUCUAUGCCGACUCCCUUGUUGGAACCUACAGCAAGAUAAUGGACCACAAGAAUUCCCUCAACUUUCCAGAUGACGUAGAGAUCUCCAAAGACGCCAAAAACCUAAUCUGUGCAUUCUUGACAGACAGGUAACAAUGAUAAAAAAAUAAAUCAAGUAACCAGAUUUACAAAAACAUCAAGUUAGUUUGCAAAGUAAUUUUGGUAGUAGUCCUAAUAAACCGAACGAUAUUCAGACUGAACUAUCUCAGCUCUCAUAACAGAAGUCCAUGGCCCUUUAUUUGGUGUUUAGGGAUGUACGACUGGGCCGCAACGGAGUGGAGGAGAUCAAACGACAUCCCUUUUUCAAGAAUGACCAAUGGAACUUUGACAGCAUUAGAAACAGUAGGUGUCUCUGUUGUACGGUCUGCUAUUUGUUCAUACACAUUUUAUCAUCCUGGUACAAUACACAACAUAUUACAUAUGGAUACCUAGAAAUUACAUGAAUAACACAAACAAUAUAUAUAUAUAUAUUUUCUCUCCCAUCUCGCCUCUCUUGCAACUGUUCAGCGGCCGCUCCUGUGGUUCCAGAAUUGAGCAGUGACAUUGACACCAGUAACUUUGAUGAGAUAGAAGAUGACAAGGGUGAUGUGGAGACCUUCCCUACUCCUAAGGCCUUUGUGGGCAACCAGCUUCCCUUCGUCGGUUUCACAUACUUCAAGGAGGACCAGUAAGACUUGAAAAUGAAUGUCUCCUUAUCACACCCCCUCCUCAUCAUGGGCAAUAUUUUGACCUCAGCCAUCCACUUCACAUGAGUUACUAAGUUUUACCAAGCUUUGAUUAUGUUAAGGAGUAUGAAAAUGUGUAUGCGCUGUUAGUUUCUCAAACACCAAUGUGUUUCCUCCAGGUUACUAAGCGGUGUGAAUAACUCAACAGUUGUGACUGUGAACUCAGCAGCCUUGAAAGGAGAGGUGGGUAUUUCUAAUUCUAUUUCUAUGUAAUUCUAUUUUGUGCGUAUUAAUCUAAUGCAAAUAUAUAAUAACCAUGUCAUAACUGGUUAUAAUAGAAUAAUUCCUGUAGUUGAGCUGAGGAGUUGUACACAAUCUGUCAAGUUCUUUGCGAUGCUGAAACACUUAUGAGGCUUUCCUCCAGUAGCUAAACAACAAGCUAAUCCUGGAAAGGCUCAGCUUAUUGACUUCUAUGCUGACUGAAAUUGUUUUGCCGAACUAACUUAAUUAAUUUAUCAUCUGUUGCAGGAUAUUGUGAUGGUAAGUAUUCUCUUUCUUGACUCAAAUUUCCACUGUUUUGAUAUCAAUUGGCUUUGAACAAAUUGUGGUCUAAUGGUAAGUUAUAGUGUCAGAGCAGAGUCCAGGUGAAGUGUAUCGUAACAGUUGUGCUUCCUCAUUCUCCUCUUCCUCCUCGCUCAGUCAGCCAAGCUGCAGAAGAAACUCCACCAGCUGGAAGAGCAGCUCAAUAAUGAGAUGCAGACCAAAGAUGAGCUGGAGCACAAGUGCAGGUAGGCAUCAUCAUGCUUUGGCCUAACUAAAAACCAUUAGCGUUACAUGUAUGAUCGUGGGAGAUGAGAAAGUUGAUAUGCACUCUCUUCCUGCAGAACUGCCACCAGUCGUCUAGAGAAAAUCUCCAAAGAACUUGAUGAAGAGGUGAGAACUUUUGGAGCUACAGUAGCAAUAUAGCAUACAACUAUAGCACUCAACUGAGAAAAAUGGCAACCAAGAAAUAAUGAGUUGUUCCAUUACAACACUUUCCUUUGUGGUGGUACGUUGACAGAUGAGUAGUAGGAAGGCUCUGGAGUCGAGUCUGAGGCAGCUGGAGAGAGAGAAGGCUCUACUGCAGCACAAGACUGUGGAGAGCCAUCGCAAGGCAGAGAGCGAGGCAGACAGGAAACGCAGCCUGGAGAACGAGGGUGAGGACCGCUGGCUGAACACACACAUAUGUAUACAUACACACACACACACUGUAUACUUUCAUAUCUAACUUGUGAUGUGGUCUGCAGUCAACAGCCUACGAGACCAGCUGGACGAAAUGAAGAAAAGAAAUCAGAACUCGCACAUAUCCAAUGAGAAGAACAUUCACUUACAAAGACAGGUGUGUGUUUCUGCUUUUGGAUAAAAUGGCUUUGUGUGUUUAUGUGCUUGCUUGUUUGUAUAUGUUAAUGUGCAUAUGUCCACGUAUGUAUACUGAGUGUUUAUGUGCAUGUGUUUAUGUGUGUGAUUGGAAUGUCCAUUACAAAGUGACUGACGUGUUCUCCAUAAUACUUCAGCUGGACGAGGCCAAUGCUCUGUUGCGUGCGGAGCAAGAGGCGGCCACAAGGCUGAGGAAGGCCCAGACGGAGACAGGCAAGCAGCUGCAAGCUCUGGAGGCUGGGGGCAGAGAGCUGCAGGACAAGUGCUGCCUGCUGGAGCGCUCCAAGCUCACCCUGGAGAAGGAGUUCAUCGGGCUGCAGGCAGCACUGGAGGCUGAGAGGAGAGAACACAGCCAGGGCUCUGAGACCAUCGCAGACAUGCAGGGUGAGUGGGGAUUUUGUUUGUGUGGGAGAGACUGUGUGCGUGUAUUCACACGUACGUCUCUCGCAGCAUGAUUUGGCCUUCGCUGACAUUUGUCUCUCUGUAGGGCGAAUCUCAGGGCUGGAGGAUGACGUUUGGCAGGUGAGACAGACCCUGUCCAAAGCAGAGACAGAGAAGAGACAACUACAGGAGAAACUCACCGAUCUGGAGAAGGUAAUCCACACUGAUUCAUAUCACUACAUCUAUAAUUUCCGUACUUUCUCUCGCGCACUUUCUUGAGCCUUUUCUAACCCACUAUCUUUCCUAUUCUCUCCUGUAGGAGAAGAACAACAAGGAGAUAGACAUGACGUACAAGCUGAAGGUGUUGCAACAGGGACUGGAGCAGGAGGAGGCAUCACACAAAGCAACCAAGGCACGGCUUGCGGACAAGAGCAAGAUUGAGUCGAUCGAAGGCGCCAAGUCUGAGGCCAUGAAGGGUAAGAUCGUUCCUGAGUUCUCAGGUAUGACAAAGGAUAGGAAUCAGUCUUCUGUAAAUAAACUAGACUCUGGUUAGCAGGGUCAAAUCCAAUUAAAUAAAUCACUCCUCUCGCUCUCUCCCCCAGAUAUGGAGCAGAAGCUGCAGGAGGAGAGGGCGUCCAAGCUGCGUGUGGAGAACAGGAUGUUGGAGCUGGAGAAACAUAGCAGCAUGUUGGACUGUGACUACAAGCAGUCCCUGCAGAAACUAGACGAGCUCCGCAGGCACAAGGAGAGGCUCACCGAGGAGGUGAAGAACCUGACCCUGAAGAUUGAGCAGGAGACCCAGAAGCGCAGUCUUACCCAGAACGACCUGAAGGCCCAGAACCAGCAGCUAAAUGCCCUGAAGACCUCUGAGAAGCAGCUGAAACAGGAGGCCAACCACCUGCUGGAAAUCAAACGCAGCCUGGAGAAACAGAACCAGGAGCUACGCAAGUCAGUUAACAUUCUGACUUUCUUUUCUCUCCCUUUUUAAUGUUUUACUUUGGAUUUGUUUUGCAAUUAAUAAUGCAGACAGAAAAUGGCAUCACAAUAAAACAAACUUUAAUUUGUGUUUGUGUCCACAGAGAAAGGCAGGACUCGGAUGGCCAAAUGAAGGAACUUCAGGACCAGCUAGAGGCUGAGCAGUAUUUUUCGGUAAGUCUGCUGCAACUAUAACACUUAAUGGUUUGUCUUUGAGAGCGGAAUCCUAACUUGAGAUAACUUGCACCCUUUGUAUGCAUUCUUGAAGUGUGAAUUUGUGUUUUGAAGAUGCUCAUCUCUGUGUUGCCCAGACGCUGUAUAAGACCCAGGUGCGGGAGUUGAAGGAGGAAUGCGAAGAGAAGAGCAAGCUCUACAAGGACAUGCAGCAAUCACUUCAGGAGUUACAAGAGGAGAGGUGAGUACAAGGAAGUGGUGUGGCGUGGCCCUACACUGUUUACUGAGACUAGUCUACAACUCCAGUCCUGCUGAACUUAUAAACAUCUGACCAGAUACCCAGAAGAGGAUGGGCUUCUCUAGGGUCUGGUUUAAGCCUGCUUCCUCUUUACAGAGUUCUUGUAAUGAAUAUCGUUAUUGAUUUAUUUACACGAACGACACAAAAAACAACACAACCAACACCCAUGUUGAAUGCUCCAUGAUGUGACAUGUUUGACCUGUGACACCCCCAACCCCCCAGGGACUCCCUGGCGGCGCAGCUGGAGAUCACACUGACCAAGGCAGACUCGGAGCAGCUGGCUCGCUCCAUCGCUGAGGAGCAGUACUCAGACCUGGAGAAGGAGAAGAUCAUGAAGGAGCUGGAGCUCAAGGAGAUGAUGGCCCGACACAAGCAGGAGCUGGGCGAGAAGGACAUCACCAUCGGCUCGGUGAGUCAGCCCUGGUCCAUGUUCCCCUGGUCAGUGUUUGCACAAGGUGCUUAAAGUAAUUGAAUUUGGCACUCUGAAAUUCAAGUACUGGAAUACCUUGAAAGUCAGACAUUUUCUCAAGUUGGUACUUGAAAAGUACUUGAAUUAAAAUGAGAGGAGAACAGAAAAUGAUCAAAUAUGUUAAUAUGAAAAAUAUUACAAAAAUGUAUUGGCAGACUACAGAGUUUUAUUUCCUCACGUGUUUCGCGCUCUGGUUAGCAGGUGAGAUCGCUCAUUCCACCCACACUGCCACUCAGCCAGGCAGGUACAGAACUGACUGAUUAGGCGCCGCCAAACGUCACAUCCAUAGAUAAAAUGCCAGGCAAAUGUAGAUUCAAGCCUGCCUGGCAGGAUAUUGAUGUUUAUGAAUGGGUUUUGCCAGACCCAACCAUGGAUGUUUUAUUCAUGAAAUAGCGUUUACUCACCAUUUUUAUUUGGUUAAUUAUCGUUUACCCACUUAUUAUUGCGUUCCCCGCGUUGAUAAACGCUCAGAAGGCAUCUUGAUCAGAGUUCUAAUUGCGUCUACCUCUGCGAACGAAUGGAAUCAUGAAUGAUUCAUGUAUGCUCGUCAUGUUCACCUGAUCCCCCGGAUUUGCCUUGUUAGCAGCGCAUUCAUUCACCACUGUCCAACGGGAAACUCCGCCCACGACCGACAGGUGAAAGAAGCUACCUCAGCCCAGACCUACAGUGGCAAGUAGCAGAGAUGACGCUGACAGUGGGAAUUAUUUUAACAUCCCUCGACUCCUGCGUGUAAUAAUAAAAAUAAUAUGCCAUUUAGCAGACGCUUUUAUCCAAAGCGACUUACAGUCGUGCGUGCAUACAUUUUUGUAUGACAUCGCCCAAACAAACCCCCCCUGACUCUCGAGAGAGUGAGUGUACAACUGGUCGCUGAUAUGUCAGUCAGAUGUCUAGCUAGCUAGAUAACUCUAGAGCUCUGGCUAUUACAUUUUACAUUUUAGUCAUUUAGCAGACGCUCUUAUCCAGAGCGACUUACAGUUAGUGAGUGAAUACAUUUUCAUACUGGUCCCCCGUGGGAAACGAACCCACAACCCUGGUGUUGCAAGCGCCAUGCUCUACCAACUGAGCUACAGGGGACUAUAAAUAGCUGGCUAGAAGGAUGAAGGAUGAAGUUAGAGGCUAAUGUUGAACGGAGCCUGACUCAGCAGGAGCAGUUGACUGAAAUUAAGCUAGCUAUAAUCAAAAGAUGGGCUACUAUAAGUUCUCAUAACAAAAUACCUUUCCUUUAUAGAGAGUAGUGAGAGAGACAGUGGUGAGUCAGGCUGCAAAGGAGAUACACAGAGAGAGGAAGCAUUGAAGCAAGCAGGGAGAGAGGUUAGUAGUACAGUGGUUCCCAAACCUGGGGUCUGGGACCCAUGUGGGGUCCCAAAAAAUGUUAAUAGGGUCCCCUGAGAGUCUUUAAUCAAACACAUUAAUAACUUGUUUCUCUUCAAAUGGGUAUAGAAUACAACAUUUUUGAGUCAUCUAAGGACCUUAUACACUAUCAGAAUUCACUUUCAUGUCAUUAUGUGUUGGGACAACCUGUGGGACUUAAAAUGUAGUGAAAUACAGUAUAAAGACCAUUUAAAUAUAAAGACAAUUUAAUAUUAUGUACACUGAACAAAAAAAUAAACGCAACAUGGAACAAUUCCAAACAUGUUACUGAGUUACAGUUCAUAUAAGGAAAUCGGUCAACAUCCUCAGUCCUGACUUACCACUCCUGUAUGUAGUAAAUAAGUAGUAAAACAUGUAUUAUUGAGUAGAACUUGUCAGGUAGUGAUGAGUAAUAAGUUAGUUGGGUUUUUUCAUGAGGUUGUGGCGAUAUACUAUUGCCGACUAAAGACAAUUGCAUAAUAGGAACUAUUACAAAUUGAUGGUCCUUGAAAAUAAAUAUUAGUGCUUGAAAAAGUACUUGAACGUCCUUGAAUUUGACUUGCCACUGUCUGUACGAACCCUGCCUCGUGUCCUGUUCCUGGAAGGCCGCAGUGGGCUGCAUUGGGAUUGGGCUUUUGUCCCUGCUUAGUGCUUUAGAGAAAACAGAAUUCAACUGAUUGAAUAAUCAUCAAGAACUUGAUAAGCUUAGUCAGGUUUGCUUGUGUGCUAGUACUGGGCUGGGACUAUAGCCAGGACCAGGAGUAAACAACAACGGAAUUGAGCGUUGUAACCAAUAGAUCUGUGAGUCUGACUGAGGUGACACCUGUUGGGCCGUGAGAAUGCUUUCUGUAGCUAAAUACUAUUGGAUUGGUCUCACUUUUUGUCUGCUCUUUCCUGCCCAGCUGGAGGAGGCCAACCGAACCCUCACCAGCGAUGUGGCUAACCUAGCCAAUGAGAAGGAGGAGCUCAACAACAAACUCAAGGAGACGCUUGAAGGUGAUUUUCUGCUUCCAGCCUGUGGGUGUCUGUGUGGUUGCUAUAUUUCCGUUCAACAUCAGAUAAUGUUCUAUUCUUCUAUUUGCAAUGUGUUCAGAGCUGCAGACGUCCAAGGAUGACGAGCAGCAGAUGAGCCAAAUGAAGCUCGCGUUUGAGAAGCAGCUCCAGUCAGAGAGAACACUAAAGACCCAGGUAGGUGUAUUUUAAUGUCAUUUCUUCAAAGCUUUACAAUGUUGCGUAGCAAGGAAAUCGUGUUGAAGACACUUGUCUUUAUUGUUUUAAUGUUCAUCAUGACUAUUGAUUUAUCUUGUGUGUGCAUCAGGCUGUGAACAAGCUGGCGGAGAUCAUGAACAGGAAGGAGGUACGUGCGGCAGGCAGUCGGCGCGGCAACGACACUGACGUGCGCAGGAAGGAGAAGGAGAACAGGAAGCUGCAGCUGGAGCUGAAAUCGGAGAAGGAGAAACUCAACUCCACCAUCAUCAAGUACCAGAGAGAGAUCAACGACAUGCAGGCGGUCAGUCCAAGUGCAACACAACCACAACCUUAUACUAACCAUCACACAACCACCUGUAUAGCACCAUCAUUAAUUACCAGAGGGAGAUCAAUGACAUGCAGGUGGUCAGUCACACCAAGAGAGAUCAACGAAGUUAACAGGGGCCUCAAAAUAUACAAUAUACAGACAUUUCAAAUGUAUGUUUCCUUUGCCCCUGUUUGUGUCAAAUAGCAAAUAGCAGAUGAGAGUCAGGUACGCAUCGAGCUGCAGAUGGCCCUGGACAGUAAGGAUAGUGACAUAGAGCAGCUACGUAACCUCCUGAGCUCCGCCAACGUUUCCUCCCUGGAAUCAGCCAGCAUCAGCAGUGGGCCAGACUUUGAUGCGGACGAUGCCUACACAGGUAAGGAGGACCCAUUUUAUACUGUAUGUGCGUUCAAAACCCAAUGUACAAGCAGUCCUGUUCACAUGUAUGUUUAAAUUGACUUUUGGUUACUUUCUUUAACUGGAUGCUGAUUGGCUGAAAGCUGUGGUAUCAGACAAUGUACCACGGGAAUGACACACAACUACUUGUUUACUGUUAUAAUUACGUUGGUAACCUGUUUUAUAAUAGGAAUAAGGCACCUCGGAUUUGUGGUAUAUGGCCAAUAUACCACGGCUAAGGCUGUAUCCAGGCAGUCCGCGUUGCGUGGUGCCUAAGAACAGUUGCCUGGCUACCCAGACUCCUUGCUCCGGCCAAACGCUACGCCACGGACGUUUCUUCUCCACAAUGAGUCUGGAUCUGAGUACCUCCCCAACGAUUUCUAGAACGCAAACACAUUCUAACCGUUCUGAUUGUUCCCAAAAACCAAUGGGUUGGGCCAAUGCCAGAACACACGUGGGUAUGCAGCGUUUAGAAGAUUUGCCAUUGGCUAUGAUUCUCUGAUUGGUAAGAGAUGAUCCAAUCACUGAUUACUUUUUGUACUACACCCCUCAUUUUGACAUCACCACAAACAACUUAAAUGAUGACAGUCUGACUGAAGUAUGUAGCAAACAGGCUGCGUUUAAAUGAUCUUUUUUCCACUAAUUGGUCUUUUGACCAAUCACAUCAGAUAUUCUUCAGAGCUGAUCUGAUUGGUCAAAAGACCAAUUAAUGAAAACAAUUAUUGGGCUGCCUUAGAGCACCGGAAGAAUUCAGUUUAAGAACAGUCCAUAGCUGUGGUAUAUUGGCCAUAUACCACACCCCCUCAGGCCUUAUUGCUAAAUAAAGAACUAAGACCACUUGAGCUUUUGUCUUUACAGUUUAUAUACUCUAUGAUCUUUACACUUACCUUUUACUGUAAUGUUGAUAUACCUCUUACUUUGUCUUCCUCUAUCCUUUCCAAUUUGCUUUCCUCUCGUUUAUCCUUUCUUUCCUUUUUUUCCAUCUCUGGACAGUUUUAGUACUUGGAGUCUGGUUUGGCCUUCCUAUCUGCUGUCUUCAGAGUCCUUCUGUAACCACCCUUUUUUAAAUACAAGAAAGAUUUCACCUUUAUUCUAUUUUACGUGGCCAAAAACAAAUGGGGGGGAAAUGAGGUGACUUACUCUCUUGUCCUGGAGUGCCAUCUAUCUUUCCUAUUGUCUUUGGCAUGUGAUUGUUUUUGACUUGUCCAGUUGCCAGUAUGUGUACAGGCUCACUAUAAUAGGCUACUUAUAAUAGGCUACUAAUGACUCAGAUGAUUUGUGUGAUUGAUACAUUGAUUUAUUUGAUUGGUUGAUUGAUUUAUAUUUUGUCCAUCAUGAAGGAAUACUUCUCUGCAGCUGAAACAUAAACCAUUAAACCUGCAUGUUUUGCAGUUGAGUCCAUCCAUAAUGUGUGCGGAGUUGCUGUGGACAUUUUAUGUAUCUGCUGUUUACAUAAUUUUUGUGGACUGAAAUGGAAAACGCUAUGUUUCCUGGGAAUAUGUACAAACUGUGAAGCAUGUAGAUCUAUCACAACAUUGCCCUUCUGUUUUAAUGUUUCCCCCUCUUUCUCUCACAGAAAUGAGAUUAGAGGGAUGGCUCUCACUGCCUGUGAGGAACAACACCAAGAAGUUUGGAUGGGAGAGAAAGGUGAAAAGAUUUUCAACCUGGCUUGACUGAUCAAACAUUAGUUUGAUAUUAUUGAUGUUCUACAGUUAAAAAUGUUUUCUUGUCUCUCUAGUAUGUGGUUGUGAGCAGCAAGAAGAUUCUGUUCUAUAACAGCGAACAGGACAAAGAGCUAUCCAACCCCUACAUGGUGCUGGAUAUCGAGUGAGUAACGACUAUCUAUCUGCUCCUCUUAUUUAAAUUUAAAUCAUGCUAAUGCAGAUAACUGUAUUUAAUAUUUUUUAAACUUUUCAACGUUUUGUUCUCUUCCCUUUUCAGUAAACUCUUCCACGUGCGGCCUGUCACUCAAACGGAUGUUUACCGUGCUGAUGCCAAAGAGAUCCCCAGGAUAUUCCAGGUCCCUUGCUUCUUAUGGCUCUUUGUUCAUGCAUUUAUUUAACGAUUCAUGUGAUGGGACUAGUUCAUACUGUUGAUGGUAAUGAUUGACAUCGACCAUGAUGAUCUCUUCCUUCUCUCCUCAGAUUCUGUAUGCCAACGAGGGAGAGUGUAAGAAGGAGCCUGAGUUCCCAGUGGAGCUGGCCAGCGGAGAGAAGUCCAGCUACAUCUGCCACAAGGGCCACGAGUUCAUCCCCACGCUCUACCACUUCCCCACCAACUGUGAGGCGUGCACCAAGCCCCUGUGGAACAUGUUUAAGCCUCCUCCCGCCCUGGAGUGCAGGCGCUGCCACAUCAAGUGCCACAAGGACCACAUGGACAAAAAGGAGGAGAUCAUCGCGCCCUGCAAAGGUAGGGGUGGGGCGUGAGGAUGGUGUCGUUGCUUAUAGCAGAGCAGGGUUACAUACAGUGCUUUCAGAAAGUAUUCAUACCCCUUGACUUAUUCCACAUUUUGUUGUGAACAUUAAUUCAGAAUGGAUUAAAUAGAUUUCUCACCCAUCUACACACAAUACCCCAUAAUGACAGUGAAAACAUGUUUUUAUGAUUCUUUGCUAAUUUAUUGAAAAUUAAAUGCAGAAAUAUCUCAUUUACAUAAGUAUUCACACCCCUGAGUCAAUACUUUGUAGAAGCACCUUUGGCGGCGAUUACCACUUUGAGUUGUCUUGGGUAUGUCUGUAUCAGCUUUGCACAUCGGGAGUUGGGGAUUUUCUCCCAUUCUUCCUUGCAAGCUCUGUUAAGUUAGCUGAGGAGUGGCCGUGAACCGCAAUCUUCAAGUUUUUCCACAUUUUCAAUGGGCUUUGGCUGGGUCACUCAAGGACUUUCACAUUCUUGUUCUGAAGCCAUUCCAGUGUUGCUUUGGCUGUAUGCUUGGGGUCAUUGUCCUGUUGGAACGUAAAUCUUCAUUUCAGUCUAAGGUCGUUUGCACUCAUCAAGGAUUUGCCUGAAUUUGGCUCCAUUCAUUGUUCCCCAUUUAAUCCUUACCAGUCUCCCAGUCCCUGCCGCUGAAAAGCAUCCCCAUAGCAUGAUGCUGCCACCACCAUGCUUCAAGGUAGGGAUGGUGUUAGAUGGGUGAUGAGCUGUGCCUGGUUUUCUCCAGACAUAGCGCUUUGCAUUCAGGCCAAAGAGUUACAUUUUUGUCUCUUCAGACCACAGAAUCUCUUAUGAUCUCAGUCUUUCACAUGCCUUUUUCUCUGGAGUGGCUUCCGUCUGGCCACUGUCCCAUAAUGCCCAGAUUGGUGAAGUGCAGUAGAGACUGUUGUCCUUCUGGCAGGUUCUCCCCUCUCAGCCAAGGAACUCUGUAGUUCUGUCAGAGUGGUCAUUAGGUUCUUGGUCACCUCCCUGACCAAGGUCCUUCUUGCCCGGUUGCUCAGUUUGGUCGGACGGCCAGCUCUAGGCAGAGUCUGGGUAGUUCCAUUUUUCAAUGAUGGAGACCACUGUGCUCUUGGAAACUUUCAACACUCUAGAAAUUGUUUUAUACCCUUCCCCAGAUAUAGGCUUUAUCACAAUUCUAUCUCGGAAAUCUACAGACAGUUCCUUGAACUUCAUGAUAUAGUUUCUGCUCUGACAUGCACUGUCAACUGUAGGACCUUAUAUAGACAGGUGUUUCUUUCCAAACAAUUUAAUUGGCCACAGGUGGACCCCAAUCAAGUUGUAGUGACAUCUCAUGGAUGAUCAAAGGAAAUUGGAUGCACCUGAGCUCAAUUUGGAGCGUCAUAGCAAAGGGUUGUGAAUACUUAUGUAAAUGAGAGAUUUCUGUAUUUUAUUUUCAAUAAAUUUGUCAUUAUAGGGUAAUGUGUGUGUGUGUAGAUGGGUGAGGAAAAAAAGUAUUUAAUUCAGGCUGUAACACAACAAAAUGUGGAAUAAGUCAAGGGGUAUGAACUUUCUGAAGGCACUGUGUAAUCAUAUAAAAAUACAUUGUCAGGGACAUAUCAAGGGAUGGUUAGGGGGUUGAGGUGUGCAGCGCUGUUUCGUAAGUUUGUUUGCACAGUUCUUUGUCUUAAAAACACAAUAUAAACCCUUCCUUUUGUCCCCCUGCAGUGAACUAUGACGUAUCCAUGGCCAAGAACCUGCUGCUGCUGGCUGUGUCGCAGGAGGAGCAGCAGGAGUGGGUGGGACGACUGAUCAAGAAGAUCCCAAAGAAGCCGCCUGCCCCUGAGCACUUUGCCCGCUCCUCACCCCGUGCUACCAUGAAGGUCCAGCCCAGCCAGUCCAUGAGGCGGCCCAGCAGACAGCUGCCCCCCAGCAAGAGCAGGUAAAACCAAAGGCCAGACGUAGACCGUAAAGCAAGGGCUCUGGUGGAUGGAAAAAGGGGUAACCUUACACCUAUCAAAUACUUACAUGUGAAAAGGAUGUGACCAGUGCUCUGUGGUUUGGGGCCAUGCUCAACACCACUUUCCUCUUUCAGAUUGCUCGGCUUUGACCUACAGGACUGGCAUUGGGAGUUAGAUGAUAUCGAUGAUGAUGCUUUUGAUUUCUGA